AUUUAAAUUUCAAAAUAAUAAAUAAAAAAUUUAAAAAUAGAUUGAAAAAUGACAUCCACCAUGCGUCAAUCUUACCGUCUAUAUUCAUUUAUUUUUGUUUUGAUAAAAUAUAUUCAAUUAUUAGCAUACAUUAAUUUGAAACACUCUAUAUAUACUCUUCUAGAGUACUCUAUUGCGCCAAACAAAGAUAUGAGGAUCUUCACAAAGCUCUCUGCACCACUCUGCCUCCUUUUUGUCUUCCUCUGUCUUAAAACUGCCUUCUCAUCCUCUAUACAUGCUUCUUCCUUCUCAACAACACAUCUCUGCUCUCGUGAGGAGGCUCUUGCUUUGCUGCAAUUCAAGACUUCCUUCUCCAUCAAUUACACUGCUUCUGAUCUGGCACCAUAUUAUUGCCAUGUAAUUGCCCUUAAUCUCAGCUGCAGUUUCCUUUAUGGCACCUUUCCUUCCAACAGCACUCUUUUCUUCCUCAGAAACCUGCAGAGCCUCAAUCUUUCCUUCAAUGAUUUUAGGCUUUCCAAGAUUCCAUCGGAAAUCAGUCAAUUUACUAGACUAAAGCAUCUUGAUGUCUCUUCUUCUCAAUUUUCGGGCCAAGUUCCAACAGAAAUUGCUCACCUCCCCAAGUUAGUUUCUCUCAAUCUCUCCAGUUGUUACAUUCCUUCUGGCUUGAUCCUUGAAACAACUACCUUCAGAAAUCUUGUUCACAACUUGAGUGAGAUGAGAGAACUUGUGCUUGGUGGAGUGACCAUGACAUCUGUUAAUCCUCGUUUCUUCAUGAAUCUCUCUUCUUCAUUGACUACUCUUGAUCUUUCCGACAGUGUGUCAGAAGGAAACUUUCCAAACGGUAUUUUCCGCUUUCCAAAUCUCAAGAUUUUUCAUUUAAGUGUAUCUUUUGAAGGGCAAAACCUCACUAUUGAUCUUCCAAGUUCCAAUUGGAGCAGUCCUCUCCAAGAUUUCUGCAACUUGGAAGGUUCCAUUCCAGCUUCCAUAGGUAACUUAACACAACUUACCUCUCUUGACCUUUCCAUUACUCAGUUUUCUGGUCCCAUUCCGGCGUCCAUAGGUAACUUAAGGCAACUUACUAGCCUAGGCCUCUCUUCUAACCAUCUUAGUGGACAAAUCCCAUCAUCACUUGCAAACCUCACCCAACUUACCUCUCUUGACCUUUCCAUUAAUCAGUUUUCUGGUCCCAUUCCGGCGUCCAUAGGUAACUUAAGGCAACUUACUAGCCUAGAACUCCAUUCUAACAUUCUUAGCGGACAAAUCCCAUCAUCACUUGCAAACCUCACCCAACUUCCCUCUCUUGACCUUUCCUAUAAUCAGUUUUCUGGUCCCAUUCCGGCUUCCAUAGGUAACUUAAGGCAACUUACUAGCCUAGACCUCCAUUCUAACAUUCUUAGUGGACAAAUCCCAUCAUCACUUGCAAACAUCACCCAACUUACCUCUCUUGACCUUUCCAAUAAUCAGUUUUCUGAUCCCAUUCUAGCUUCCAUAUGUAACUUAAGGCAACUUACUACGCUAGACCUCAAUUCUAACAAUCUUAGCGAACAGAUCCCACCAUCACUUGCAAACCUCACCCAACUUACCUUGCUUUACCUUCACAAUAAUCAGUUUUCCGGCAUGUUGCCACCUUGGAUUUUCACUUUACCUUUCAGUAUCACUGUUGUCUUGUUUGGUUUGGAGGAUGAUGCUGGUUUCUUAUAUGUUCAUGUCGUUCAUAUUAACUCAUGGAAGAACAAGAUUUUUCUUUUUUUAAAUGUCACCAAGCCAUUGGGAAACUUUGGUCUUAUUGGUGAUUUGAUGCAAAUUUGUGUCAGGGUGGUCAAUAUUGGAGCAACUGCUUUAGUUAUAGACACAGCAACAGCAAUAUUUGGAGAAGCUGCUGUUAGUGCAGCAACUGGAGUGAUGACUGUUGCUAUUUUGCUUCUUACUGAGAUCACUCCAAAAAGUAUAGCUGUUCACAAUCCCGCAGAGGUGGCUAGAUUUGUGGGUGGUCAAUAUUGGAGUGACUGCUUUAGUUCAUAUUUGGAGAAGCUGGUGUUAGUGCAGCAAUUGGAGUAAUGACUGUAUAUAAAAAUUCUAUCCUCUCUGUGUGCCCCAUGGACCCAACCUCCUUGCCUGCCUCUAUAUGUGCUUGUGUGUGACACAUUAUGAAUCUAUAGUAAAUUAGAGUAAAGUGCUUAAAUCUACUUUAGGAUAAAUCUCCUUAAGUUAGCAAUUUUUUUUUGGAUAAGCCUUUAAGUUAGCACCUGGUUUGUGUUGUUCAGUGUUACCAUGUUCAGUGUUACAAAGUUUAGUACUUCCUUUGUAAACAAUGAAUGAAGAAUAAAUCAGAAAUCAUGAU